UCCUAUUGGUCAUUUAACACUUGAGGUCGAUCAGCCGAGAGUUGACGAUGCCUCCCAUAAUUGGUGGUGCACCUCCGUUGAGGGAGGUUAGGGCGCUGCAGUUUGGUAUUCUCAGUCCAGAUGAGAUUAAAGAAUUGUCGGUUACUUCAGAUGGUGGGAUUAAGUAUGCAGAGACAAUGGAGGGUGGGAAACCUAAACUUGGCGGAUUAAUGGAUCCUCGACAAGGCUGUGUAGACCGUAGUUCUAUUUGUCAAACAUGCAGUGGCAAUGUAUCAUCUUGUCCAGGACAUUUUGGUCAUGUUGAACUUGCUAAACCUGUUUUUCAUAUUGGCUUCUUAAAAAAGACAGUGAAGGUGUUAAGAUGUGUCUGCUUUUACUGCUCUAGACUUCUAGUCGAUGUACAAACAACAAAGAUUCAAGAAAUACUACGCAAAACAAAAGGUGAUAAUAGACGAAGAAUGGCUUUUAUGUAUGAAGAGUGUAAAACACGUUCUGAGUGUAUAUCCGGUGAUGAUCAAAUUCCAAAUGAUAAUGAUGUCAGUCUUAGCAACAAAGUUAAACGCUCUGGCUGUGGUCGUUUUCAACCUCGCUAUCGACGCAAUGGACUUGAGCUCACUGCUGAGUGGAAAAAAGUGAAUGAAGAAUCUCAGGAACGUAAAAUUAGUUUGACUGCUGAACGUGUUCUAGAAGUUUUCAAACGUAUAUCAGAUGAAGAUUGUAUAUCCUUAGGAUUUGAUCCACGCUAUGCACGACCUGAUUGGAUGAUAGCAACUGUCCUCCCAGUUCCGCCUUUAUGCGUUCGUCCUGCUGUUGUUAUGUAUGGAGCUACACGUAAUCAAGAUGACUUAACACACAAACUUGCUGAUAUUAUAAAAGCUAAUAAUCAACUUCGUCGAGAUGAACAGAAUGGUGCAGCAGCGCAUAUAAUUGUUGAAGAUGUUAAAAUGCUACAAUUCCAUGUAACAACAAUGGUUGACAAUGAUGUACCCGGUCUGCCUAAGGCGAUUCAGAAAUCUGGACGUCCAUUAAAGUCAAUCAAACAACGUCUUAAAGGCAAAGCUGGUCGUAUUCGUGGCAAUCUUAUGGGUAAACGUGUUGACUUCUCUGCUCGUACUGUCAUUACAGCUGAUCCAAAUCUUAACUUAGAUCAAGUUGGUGUCCCAAGAACUAUAGCUCAAAAUCUUACUUAUCCUGAAAUGGUUACACAAUUUAACAUCGAUCAUCUACAGAAACUGGUACAGAAUGGAACUCUUUAUCCUGGUGCUAAGUUUAUCGUACGUGAAAACGGGGAUCGUAUUGACUUACGAUAUCAUCCUAAAGUAUCAGAUCUUACACUUCAAGUUGGUUAUAUUGUUGAGCGGCAUAUGUUAAAUGAUGACUUCGUUAUUUUCAAUCGUCAGCCAACUUUACAUAAAAUGUCUAUGAUGUGUCAUCGGGUGAAAGUUUUACCCUGGUCUACAUUUCGUUUAAAUCUCUCUGUCACUUCACCGUAUAACGCCGAUUUCGACGGUGAUGAAAUGAACUUACAUCUUCCACAGUCUGUUGAGACCAAGGCUGAAAUAAGUCAGUUAGCCCGUGUCUCACGUUUAGUAAUUACACCACAAGCUAAUAAACCAGUAAUGGGUAUUGUCCAAGACACGUUGACUGCAGUGAAUAAAAUGACUCAACGUGAUGUAUUCUUGAAUAGGUCAGAAAUGAUGAAUCUACUCAUGUAUUUACCAACUUGGAAUGGUCGUAUGCCAAAGCCAGCAAUUUACAAACCACAGCGUUUGUGGACUGGAAAGCAGUUGUUCAGUCUCGUCAUACCCGGUCGAGUUAAUUGUAUUCGUACACACAGUACUCAUCCAGAAGAAGAAGACAUCGGUCCCUACAAAUGGAUAUCACCUGGGGACACCAAAGUUAUCGUUGAUGAUGGAGAUUUAAUCGCUGGUAUUUUAUGUAAAAAGACUCUUGGAUCCGGUGCCGGCUCUUUGAUUCAUAUUGUUGCUCUGGAGCAUCAUCAUGAUCAAGUUAAUAUGUUCUUUAAUAACAUCCAAACAGUGGUGAACAACUGGCUCUUGAUAGAAGGACAUACGAUUGGUAUUGCUGAUACAUUGUAUGAUCAGGCAACUCGUCGACAGAUUAGCGGUACUAUCACAAAAGCCAAAGAUGCUGUGUUCGAAAUUAUUGAUCAGGCUCACAAUUACGAUUUGCAGCCAACACCAGGCAACACACUUCGUCAAACCUUUGAAAACAGCGUUAAUAAAAUCCUUAAUGAUGCCCGUGAUAAAACUGGUAGUUGUGCUCAACGCUCCUUAUCCAAGUACAAUAAUUUCAAUAUUAUGGUUGUUGCUGGGUCUAAAGGUUCUCGAAUUAAUAUAUCCCAGGUCAUUGCGUGUGUGGGUCAGCAAAACGUUGAGGGUAAGAGAAUUCCUUUUGGUUUUCGUCAUCGUACUUUACCACACUUCAUCCAAGAUGAUUAUGGUCCUGAGUCUCGUGGGUUCGUGGAGAAUUCGUAUCUUGCAGGGUUAACACCCACUGAAUUUUUCUUUCAUGCAAUGGGUGGUCGAGAAGGUUUGAUUGAUACAGCUGUCAAGACUGCAGAAACAGGUUAUAUUCAACGUCGUUUGAUUAAAGCUAUGGAGUCAGUUAUGGUGAAAUAUGAUGGUACUGUUCGUAACCAAAUUAAUCAAUUAAUUCAACUUAGAUAUGGUGAAGAUGGUUUGGAUGCAACGCAUGUAGAAUUUCAGCGUCUUCCAACAUUUAAACCGUCUAAUGCUGUUUUUGAGCACAGUUUUCGUUUUGAUAUCGGGAAUGAAAGAGUACUUCGUCGAUGUAUGCCUGAAGAUGUAGUUCGAAGUCUAGCAACUGAUUCUCAAACUCAAUCUGAACUUGAUUCAGAAUGGUUACAAUUAUGCGCUGAUAGAGAAUUAUUACGAUCUGUCAUCAAAAAAACUGAUGAUUCUGUAGUUUUACCAUGCAAUAUUAAUCGACUUGUGAUGAAUGCACAAAAAAUAUUUGAAAUAGAUCCACUUUCUAAAACAAAUGUACAUCCUAGACAAGUUGUUGAGAUGGUUCGAGAAACUUGUAAGCGUCUAAUAGUCGUUGGAGGUGAUGAUCGACUAAGCAAGGAAGCCAAUGCAAAUGCUACACUUUUAUUAAGUUCAUUAGUUAGAGCAUCAUUGUGUGCAAAAAAGGUGAUUGUCGACUAUCGUCUAAGUUAUGAAGCAUUGGAUUGGGUAUUAGGUGAAGUGCGUGCACGUUUCCAACAAGCACAUAUUCAUCCAGGUGAAAUGGUUGGUGCACUAGCAGCUCAAUCACUUGGAGAACCCGCUACCCAGAUGACACUGAACACUUUCCACUACGCUGGUGUAUCUGCUAAAAACGUCACCCUCGGUGUUCCUCGUUUAAAAGAAAUAAUCAACGUGAGUAAACGACCAAAAACUCCAUCUAUGACCAUCUAUCUCACCGGUCAGGCGGCUAGAGAUGCUGAACGGACAAAAGAUGUUGUUGCCCGGUUGGAGCAUACUACUUUACGUAAGCUAGUCAACAGUACGUAUAUAUAUUAUGAUCCAGAUCCGCAAAAUAGUGUAGUUGAAGAAGAUAGAGAAUGGGUAUCAACUUAUUAUGAAUUGCCAGAUUUUGAUGUCAGUGCCAUAAGCUCUUGGAUGCUUCGUAUUGAAUUCGCCAGAAAAGGUAUGACUGGUAAAAAAUUGUCAAUGGAACAAAUCGCGGAUAAGAUAACCCGAGCUUUUGGAAAUGAUCUAAUAUGCCAUAUACCAGACGAUAACUUGAAACUAGUCAUGAGGAUUCGUAUAAUGAAUAGCGAUUUGGAAAAAGAUUUCAAGGAUGCUGAUACUACUUCUGAUAAAAUGGAAGAUGAUACUUUCCUUCGUUUUAUCGAAGCAAAUUUACUAACAGAUAUUACACUUCAAGGAAUACCUCAAAUCACAAAGGUUUACAUGCAUCUGCCAAAGACACAAGAUAAGAAACGUGUAGUAAUCAAGGAUGAUGGAAGCUUCGAUGCUGUUGCAGAGUGGAUGUUAGAAACUGAUGGUACUUGUUUAAUGAGAGUUCUAGCUGAACGAGAUGUUGACCCUGUACGCACUGUUAGCAAUGACAUAGUGGAAAUUUUUGAGGCUCUUGGAAUUGAAGCUGUAAGAAAAGCAAUAGAAUGUGAAAUGCAUCAUGUGAUAUCAUUCGAUGGUUCUUAUGUCAAUUACCGACAUCUCGCAUUGUUGUGUGAUAUUAUGACUGUGAAAGGACACCUUAUGGCAAUUACCCGACAUGGGCUUAAUCGUUUGGACACUGGUGCUUUGGCUCGCUGUAGUUUCGAAGAAACAGUUGACAUACUCAUGGAGGCAGCAGUUCAUUCUGAAUGUGAUCCAAUGGCUGGUGUUUCCGAGACAAUUAUGCUGGGUCAGCUGGCUAGAAUCGGCACAGGUUGUUUUGAUCUGCUUUUAGAUUCUGCCAAAUGUCAAGAAGCACAACCUAUACCUCUUGGUGGUGUUCUGGGGAUGGGCUUGUUUAACGCGCCAGGUUUCGAAGGUAUUGCCGCACUUGCUUCUCCUGGGAUGGGGUUAACUAUGAAUGCAGAUGGUAUACCCGUACUUGGAGACAGUGGUUAUCAUACACCGUGGGAUAGUGCUCAUUCACCUGUAGGGUCUGUGGACUCACCAACUUAUCGUGGUGGUCUUGGUGGUGCAACUGCCCCUCAUAAUGCCAUGUUCUCGCCUGCUAUGCGUUAUGAUUCUUCCUUAUCUCCUGGUCGCAGUCCUCAGCUAGAUAGCCCUCGUACUCCAGAAGCGUUUUCACCAGCUGCUUAUGUUGGCUUUAGCAGCCCUAUGUCCUUCAUGGGUACUCCACAAACUGAUUUGGGUUCACCUGGUUCCAGUCCGGGACAUUCAGGGAGUCUUAGCAGCGGAUCUUUUGGUUAUGGAGGUCCAGGAAGUCUUGGUGGUGAUAUAUUUUCACCUAUACAUAAACCAUCCUAUGCUGGAACGGGCAGUAGUUCAAGUUUCAGUGCCAGUGGAGAUAGCAAUUCGCCAACCUUUUCUUUACAACAGUCAUAUGAACCUAUGUCUGUUGGAUACACUCAACGUUCCCCACACCAUCCCAGCUUUUCAGGAUAUGGAAUGUUGUCCAGUGGAUCGCUUGGUCCAUCUAGCGAUUCUCCAGACAGUAUAAAUUACUCAUACAGUCCUAAUAGUCCAAUGCCUACAGGUGGCAGUUCGAUGAGUCGAGAUUUUAGUAGUUGGGGUGUUUUGCCUGGGUCAGAAACACCUGGAGUUUCACCUAGUUCACCUUCACCUGGUAUGAGUGCAAGCAGUUUAAGUGGAAGUCGAGCAUCCUUCUAUCCAAAUAGCCAGCCUGCGUCACCGUUAUCAUUCAAUGCUUCUCCCUCUGCUCCUCGUUACAGCCCACCUACAUUAGCUGGAAGUUCAUCAGUAGAAAGCUAUUCUCCACAAAUGACAACACCAAGUUCACCUGGUGGUGCUCCAAGUAGCAGUUUGGGUGGACCGAGUAAUUCUCCACUUUCUUAUCCAACUACUCCAAAUUAUCCAAUGUCCCAUGGAGUUAGUAGUGGUACUGGUUUGGGAUCGUCAAGCUUGUUGGGUUAUUCAGCAACUGGUUUUUCAGGAUCCACUUUGGGUACUUCUGCCUACAGUCCAUCAACUUUCCACACGCCUUCAUCUCACUAUUAUAUGACUACUCCACGACCAGGUUCACCAUCUCCAAGUCCACGAGAGUAUUAUCCAACUCCUGAUUCAAGACGAUGAGGAAUAUCUACUUUUCUUUGGAUUGUCUGUCUACAACCUUAUGUUAUAAUAUGUACAUAGAUUUACUGAAUGACGCUAAAUUUUAAAUUAUUUGUCACAGUUUAAAGUUAAAUUUAACAUUGCAACGGUUUUCAAGUUUAUAUUUUGCUUUGAUAAUAAUAAUAUUAACUCUGUCAUACAUCAGUUUAUUUUCAUAUUAUAUUAUUAAACUUUGUAAGUCUCCAUUUGAUCUUUUGUUUUACGUGAACCUUGAUGAACGUUAUAUUAUAUUGUGAGUAUAUAAGUGUAUCAUUAUAAUAGAAGAAGCAUACCUGCAUCCUAGCACUAGAGUAUCUUGAAAGAAAAUACAUUUUGCCGUCUGUUAAUCGUAUGAAAUUUGCGUACUCAGUACUCGAAUAUAAUGCCG